ACGGUUUUGGACGCCAUAGUUGUUCGCGUUGGAAACUCAACGCAUUGUGAGAUAUACGUAUUCCCUGAAAGUUUUCCACUUCCCUAUUGUUAUUUUCUUUUUCCAACUGUGAGAACUUGAAAUAUUAAUCGGCCAAGAUGCCGCGUAUUAUGAUCAAAGGUGGUGUUUGGCGAAACACCGAGGAUGAGAUUCUCAAAGCGGCUGUGAUGAAAUAUGGCAAAAACCAAUGGUCUCGAAUUGCAUCCCUUCUGCACAGAAAAUCAGCCAAACAGUGCAAGGCCAGAUGGUACGAGUGGCUGGACCCCAGCAUCAAAAAGACAGAAUGGUCCAGAGAAGAAGAGGAGAAGCUGCUGCAUCUGGCCAAGCUGAUGCCCACCCAGUGGAGGACCAUCGCCCCCAUCAUCGGCCGCACCGCCGCCCAGUGUCUGGAGCACUACGAGUUCCUGCUAGAUAAAGCAGCUCAGAGAGACAACGAGGAGGAUGCAGGAGACGACCCCCGCAAGCUUAAACCGGGAGAGAUUGACCCAAACCCUGAGACCAAGCCCGCCAGGCCCGACCCUGUGGACAUGGACGAAGAUGAGCUGGAGAUGCUGUCGGAGGCCAGGGCUCGUCUGGCCAACACUCAAGGCAAAAAGGCCAAGAGGAAAGCCCGAGAGAAGCAGCUGGAGGAGGCCAGGCGGCUAGCGGCCCUCCAGAAGCGCAGGGAGCUGCGGGCGGCGGGCAUCGACAUCCAGAAGAAGAGGAAGAAGAAGAGAGGCGUGGACUACAACGCCGAGAUCCCCUUCGAGAAGAAGCCGGCCCUGGGCUUCUACGACACCUCCAUGGAGAACUACGACAACCUGGAGCCCGACUUCAAGAGGCUCCGCCAGCAGCACCUGGACGGGGAGCUGAGGAGUGAGAGGGAAGACCGAGAGCGCAAAAGGGACAAGCAGAAGAUCAAGAAGAAGAAGGAGUCGGACCUCCCGUCCGCCAUCCUGCAGACCAGCGGCGUGUCCGAGUUCACCAAGAAGAGGAGCAAGCUGGUCCUGCCCGCCCCUCAGAUCUCCGACGGGGAGCUGGAGGAGGUGGUUAAACUGGGCCAGGCCAGCGAGAUCGCCCGCCAGACGGCCGAGGAGUCCGGCAUCACCAACUCGGCGUCCAGCGCCCUGCUGUCCGAGUACAACGUCACCAACAACACCAUGGCGCUGCGCACCCCCAGGACCCCCGCCGCCCAGGACAAGAUCCUCCAGGAGGCGCAGAACCUGAUGGCGCUCACCAACGUGGACACUCCUCUGAAGGGAGGCCUGAACACACCCCUCCACGAGAGCGACUUCUCCGGCGUCACCCCCCAGAGACAGGUGGUGCAGACCCCCAACACCGUCCUCAGCACCCCCUUCAGGACCCCGAGUCACAGCGCCGAGGGCAUGACCCCCCACAGCGGCAUGACCCCCAAACCCUCCCCGGCCGCCACCGCCACCCCAGGACGCACCCCGCUGCGGGACAAGCUCAACAUCAACACAGAGGACGGCUCCGUCGACUACACCGACCCGGCCUUCACCAAACAUCUGCAACGAGAGACUCGCGAGCAGCUGAAGAUGGGCCUGAUGUCGCUGCCCCUCCCCAAGAACGACUUCGAGAUCGUGCUGCCCGAGAACGCCGAGCGGGAGCUGGAGGAGGAGCGCGAGAUGGACGACAAUUUCGUGGAGGACGCCUCCGAAAUCGAACUACGCAAAAAGGCGGUGCGCGACGCGGAGCGGGAGAAGGAGCUGAAGCAGAGACACACGGCCGUGCAGAGAGACAUGCCCCGCCCCUCAGAGGUAAACGAGACCAUCCUGAGGCCCCAGAACGUGGACCCUCCGCUGACGGAGCUGCAGCUGGCGGAGGAGCUGAUCAAGAAGGAGAUGAUCACCAUGGUGCACUUCGACAGCCUGCACCACCCCUACGUGGAGGCCCUCAGCAAGAAGCCCAAGGGCGUGGGCUCCAGCUCCAACAACGCAGAGCACAUCGCCUUCCUGGACAAGAACCCCUACAGCAAAGUGGGAGAGGAGGACCUCAAGAAGGCUUCAGAGCUUCUGACGCAGGAGAUGGAGGUGGUGAAGUCCGGUAUGGGCCACGGUGACCUGUCCAUAGACGCCUACAACCAGGUGUGGGAGGAGUGCUACAGCCAGGUGCUCUACCUGCCCGGCCAGAGUCGCUACACCAGGGCCAACCUGGCCAGCAAGAAGGACCGUAUCGAAUCCCUGGAGAAGAGGUUGGAGAUCAACCGCGGUCACAUGACCAUGGAGGCCAAGCGGGCGGCCAAGAUGGAGAAGAAGAUGAAGAUCCUGCUGGGCGGCUACCAGUCGCGCGCCAUGGGCCUGGUCAAGCAGCUGGGCGACCUGUGGGACCAGGUGGAGCAGGCCCACAUGGAGCUCCGCACCUUCGGGGAGCUCAAGAAGCAGGAGGACCUGGCCAUCCCCCGCCGCCAAGAGGCGCUGAGGGAGGACGUCCAGAGGCAGCAGGAGCGUGAGAAGGAGCUGCAGCAGAGGUUCGGAGACCUGCUCCUGGAGAAGGAGACGCUGGGCGGCGAGAAGUUUUAAAACCAAACCAACCAAACUCAACUCAACUCAACUCAACCCAACUGAACUGAACUGAACUGAACUGAAUCCGACCGUCAAUCACAGAGCUGUGUCACUCAGGACCAGCUUGCUCUCUCUCUCUCUCUCUCUCUGUUUCUCUCUCUCUCUCUCUGUUUCUCUCUGUCUCUCUGCCCAUAAGCAUGUCUACCAUUACCCUGGAUUGCUAUGCUCUCUGUGCUGGUGGUCAAGCAGAAAACUAGCUUCAAGUGUGUGUGUGUGUGUGUGUGUGUGUGUGUAUGCCUGCGUGUGUGCAUGUGUGUACGCGUUGCUGUUUGUCAGCUUUGACGUUGUGUGUGGGUGCUGGACAUUACGACCCAGUGGAUCCUGUGUCUCAGCUUUGGCUGCAGUGUACAGAGGGAUGCUUCAGACUGGUAACUUUUUGUGGGCAGUUAAUGUGAAGUACAUCACAACAUUCUUGUUUUUAAAAUCUCAAACGGAAAAAAACAA